UGUAGACUGUGGUAUCUUUAGCAAUCAGCAGUUUUCUACCUGUAACACAAAUUCGCACCUGUGGCUGUAGUAGCCUUUUAUCUGUGUGAAAAGAUUUAAAAAACACACGAAUGAAAAAAAAUUGUACGUUCGUUAUGAAGGAAUUCAGAUGUUAAUAUUGAUAUAUUGGGUUGAAACGAAAAUACCAAGGUCUCAAAUGGACACUAUAUUCCAGCACUGACUAGAACCGGAACUGCAAUUUAACCAAACAAGGUCCAGAUGUUACCUUGACUCCUUUACUUCACUGCUCUCCAAUACUCUACCCCAAAAUGACCGAUGUUCAAGUGAACGUGGAAUGCCUAGGCAGUGCAAUUUUGUCAAAAACAACAACUUCCGGUUUAGGUUCAAUACAGAAACCGUUAUACGAGAAAUACAUUCAGUACCGAAAAUCUGGUAAAGGGAAGAAAUCACAGCCUGCGUGGUUGAAAGUGAGUCAAGACGGUAUCACUGUUAUAUUUCCUACUGAUCAACCUGGGCACACACAAAAUUAUUUUUACGAAAGAAGUUCUAUAAAUUUUUUCGAAGCAGUUCGUUUAGCAUCUAAUAAAGGCAGUGAUAAAAAACAUUAUUGUGCAUUUUUGCCAGUCGAUGAAACUAGAACUUUAAAUCAGGGAUACGAUAAAUUAUUUUUCCAAAUGGAUAAAAAACAUCACAGUUUAACCAAAGUAGAACACCCUGUCGUUAUUGCUUGUGUCAUGCGUAGGCAGGUGGGUGUUAGAGCUUUAGAUUGUCACGGGUUUAUUACUGAGAAAGAUGGCGAUGCCUUUCGAGUUACUUCAGCAUUUUUUUCACCGCCUCCUUUAUAUAAACAAAUAGGACAAGAAUAUUCAGAAGAAAAUGAACCUCGAUAUCAAAACAGACCACCAUUGCAAGGUCAGAAACCGGAUUUAAUUCAAACUGAGUAUGGACCAUAUGGCAUAUAUAAAGGCGGGAAGCCUGUCAACUUUUCGGGAGAUCAUUUUCAUGGAAACACCCGGAAUCCAGAGAUACUUUCUUUAAACGACGACAGGGAUGUAGAUAGAUAUGCAGGAAACAUUGAAAAAGAUGAAAGACAAUUUAGUUCAAGGUACAGUUUCGAAAAUCGAAACGAUACUAGAGAAUACGGAGAGGAUUAUGGUGCACAGCAAACGGUUUACGCAAAAAAUAAUAGACAUUCGGCUGAAACUAAACAUGAUCGACAUACAUCUGGAGAGAUAAGAAAUAAUGACAGGCGUGAUGCUCAAACAAACAUGCAAGGCUCGUUUGAUAUCAAUGAUAAUAAGGGACGACUUGCACAACACGACAACAAAUUAGACUCUCAUUUUGAACAAGAAAGAGGACGUAUACAAAGCAAGAAUGAAUUCAGAAUUCCAAGACCUAUGUCACCUCUUCGAAAUCAGGGUCGUGAACUACCAGUAACAGCACCCAAGCCACAAAGAGCUCUGUCACCAGAACCUCGAAUACCAAAACAUGAUAUUCGGUCGCAUGAUAGCUCUCACGAGAUUGUAAUAAGAGAACCUAUAUCCCCACGUGAAUACACUUCAUCAGGACCUGUAUCGUCUGUUUCUAAUAAAGAAAGCAGACAAGAACCAAACAAAAAGCCUGUUGCAAAAGUGCCACCACACUUGGUAGCUGGUAUUAAAGUUUUACCAACAGGGUUUGUGCCAAAAUUAGAUUCUCCUAAAAACCCAAAACGCAAUGUAAUAGGAAACAUUGAAAACUACUACUCCAAUGAAGAAGAUCCUUAUGAUAAUGCUAUGUCGAGACAGGACUACUAUAAUGAUAGAAGAAAUGUACACUCUGAUGGUUAUGAACCUAGGGAUGACAGAAACUAUGGCGUUUCCGAGAGACAAUUUGGUAAUAAGCCACCACCCGAUAUUCUACCAUCAGAAGAGAUACGACGCAACGCUUACGGUGAAAGAGGCGAUAUACUUUCAAAUGAUCGAUGGAAAUCUAAAACAGAAUUUGAUAAUCCCAAGAAUCUAGGAGACCAACAGUCAAAAAGAAACAGUGCCCCAUCAGCAAGCUACGGAAAACCGUGGACUUAUGGCGAACAGUUAGAAAAAUUUAAGGAAAAAGAACACAAGGCUCCAGUUAAUUUAUCUUCGAGCUACACGUAUGAACCAAAAGAUUCCGUUAAAAUUGAAGCAAAUAAGGAUGAUGCGAGAAAAGAGCAUGACUAUGCAAAUUUGUUUUCUCGACUCAAUACAAAAGAUGAUGCUAAUAUUCAGUUAGAGACAGCUGGUACAAACUUUGAAUCGUCUUUAGGUUAUUUCCCAUGAUCACAUAUAGUUGAAUCUUAAACUUUGAUAUUUUUUAUUUGAAUAAUAUGUAAAUGUAGCCGAUAGGACUAUUGAUGCAAAUUACUUGUUUUAUAUUACCCUAACCCCUUUUUAUGUAGCAGUCAUCGCCUCUGUGGUCUCAUACACAUCUCGAGUGAAGGAGGAGGUCGUGCAUUCGAUUCCCCGAUCGGGUCACCAAAAACUUUUUAAUUGGUAUACUGGUAUUCUGCUUCUCCGCUCAGCGCGGCAUAAGGAAGUAAGAGCAAAGAUUGGUCAACUAGUAGUCAGAUUGGUGUGUCCGGGUAGAGUGACCUGAUUUCCUGCGGACUGUUACGUUGUGAGCUUGCUCGUCCACCGUGUGCCAAAUAUGGGGACUCGGAUCGACAUCAUACUGAAACAACAAAUUGUGUCGCUUCAGCCAAGGUCAGUCAAUAAACAUUGUCAAAUAUCUAAUGAUUUAGUAUCUUUAGAUGACAAAACGUAUUUCACGGAAAAUGUCGCGGUUAAAGAGCUAUUCGCAGGACCAAGUUUGAUAACAGUUUCUCUACAAUAAAUAGUAGAACACUUGCAAUAACCAAUUUUAAACUUGCUCUCACUUUUUCCCUGAUUUGAGCUUAUAAAAGUCAUUAUUGCGGAAACUUUUAACUAUCAACCAACACAUUGUAAGACAAGUUGUUUUGUCACCUUGGAAUUUAUAAUUUUGGGUUUUUCUCUAAAAGUUGGUUGUGACGUAUGUAGACGAUGAGACCUAUGUGACAAGGGGAUAUUGAUUUUUAUUUAUCAAUUUGGUCAAAACUGAUAAACAAAUCUUAAUACAGUAGGUUUUAAUCAUUGAUUAUAUGUCAGCACGAUUCCAUUUUUGUCGAGCCUGCGACCUUUGUCGCAAAAGCGAGACAUAGCGAUCCUACAUUCCGUCGGCGUCGUCGUCGUCGGCGGCGGCGUCCACAAAUAUUCACUCUGUGGUUAAAGUUUUUCCAAUUUCAAUAACUUUCUUAAACUAUCCUAGAUUUCUACCAAACUUGGACAGAAGCUUUUUAAUGAUCAUAAGAUAGUAUCCAGAAGUAAAUUUUGUAAAAAAAAAAUCCUGUUUAUCCGUAUUUACUCAUAAAUGGACUUAGUUUUUCUGCCAGUUAACAUUACAUUCACUCUGUGGUUAAAGUUUUUCAAAUUUUAAUAACUUUCUUAAACUAUCCUGGAUUUGUACCAACCUUGGACAGAAGCUUGUUUAUGAUCAUAAGAUAGUAUCCAGAAGUAAAUUUUGCAAAAAAAAAUCCUGUUUAUCCGUAUUUUACUCAUAAAUGGACUUAGUUUUUCUGCCAGUUAACAUUACAUUCACUCUGUGGUUAAAGUUUUUCUAAUUAUAAUAACUUUUUUAAACUAUCCUGGAUUUGUACUAAACUUGGACAGAAGCUUGUUUAUGAUCAAAAGCUAGUAUCUAGAGGGAAAUUUUGUAAAAAGAAAUUUCCAUUUUUUCCGUAUAUUACUUAUAAAUGGACUUAGUUUUUCUUCCAGUUAACAUUACAUACAGUCUGCAGUUAAAUUCUUACCAAACUUGAACAGAAGCUUCUUACAAUCAAAAGAUAGUAUCUAGAGGAAAAUUUUUAAUAAUUAUUUCCCCAUUUUUGUUGAGCCUGCGACUAACAGCAAAAGUAGGCGAGACACUGGUGCGGAACCCUUACGAAUUUUUUGUUUCAAUGACAUUAAACGGUAGCAAAUCCAUUUGAUAAGAAUUCAAUACAGCACGACAAAAAGACAACGAUAACAUGCAUUUCCUCUAAUGUUUUGGAUUAUACUUACUAGUAAAAUAUUAAGUGUUUAAAUAUUUAUCAUAGGAAAGUUUAAUAAAGCAUUAUGUUUAGGA